AUGUUCACCCAGACACUCUUUUCUGCCCUGCUCCUGGCCUCGAGCGCUUUCGCAGUCCCCCAGUACCGUCAUAAUGCCGCCAGGGCCCAGGGGGCCGUGCCAAAGUGCCCUAUUGUCUUCGAUGGCCGCGUUCCUCUCAACCUGAGCGCUACCGACUUGGACUCUCAGACGACCAACACCAUUUUCAACGCCCAGUUCGUCAAGGGAAACAACCUGACGUGGUCUCAAAUCGUCAAGUUCCCGCAGGGCGCUUCCCGCUUCGACGGUGACAAGUUCAAGCCCAUCGAAGUCACCCUCUCGGAUGAAUCCAUCUUCCAGAAGCAGAAGGGCUUCCGUCGCGCGGAGCUCCAGUUUCUCAAGGAUGCUGCCGAUGGCGAGGGUGCCAAGGGCAUCAAGACUCUGCACUGGAGUGUCAUGCAGGACCCUGCCAGGCCCUUGAACUUCAGCCACGAGUACCUCAAUGUGUGGCACGAGGCCGCUGAUUUCAGCAGCAACCAGAUCCAGUUCCAGACUGGAACUCUCAUCGGCAAGAACAACUCGAACCCCAAGACUUUCAAGAUCCUCAACCGCAAGAACGAGCAGCUUUGGUCUGUUCCUGUCUGCAUGGUCAGCUGGCAGAACUUUGCUGUUACCCUUGACUACACGAACAACCAAGUUACCAUCUUCUACAGCAAGGGCAAGGCGCCUCUCGCAAAGGUUGCUGGACCCAUCGGCGCAGACCUUUCUGGCGGCGGCCAGCACCACAUUGGCGGGCUCAAGAAGCCUACUGGCACCUCUGACGUUGCCAACGCCGGUUUCCAGGAGGCCAACCUCAACGAGGGCCAGAUCUACGGUGGACUCUUCCUCGAGGACUCGACCGGUGGCUGCGUUUCUCUCUAG